AUGGAGAAGAUCCAAGAUUUUCAUGCGUACUCUGGCUCAGGGUCGCCAGAGACCGCCCCACGAAGCGGCUCUAUCGACGCCACCAACAAGGAAGAGGCCCGUCGAGGAUCCAAGGUCAACGAAGCCACCGACAUCUACGGCGAUAUCGCCACGGCCGAGGAAUACGGCUAUGUCGCACGAGGUCUCAAAUCCCGCCACAUCCAGUUCAUUGCUCUUGGUGGUACCAUUGGUACGGGUCUGUUUUUGGGUAUCGGUCGUGCCUUUACCCAAGCAGGCCCUCUGUCGGUUCUGCUCGGUUAUACCUUCACCGGUCUCGCCGUCUUCGCCAUGAUGAUGUCGCUGGGUGAGAUGGCCACUUGGCUUCCUCUGCCGGGUGCCAUCCCCCAGUUUUGCGCCCGUUAUGUCGAUGAUGCCAUGGGUUUUGCCGUCGGCUGGAACAAUUGGUAUUCCUGCUCCAUCACCCUUUGCGCCGAAAUCUCCGCCGCCUCCACGGUCAUUCAAUUCUGGCAUGGCUCCCGGGACAUCAACGUGGCUGCGUGGAUCUCCAUCAUCAUCGUCGUCGUUCUCUGUCUCAACAUCUUUGCCGUCUCCAUCUAUGGUGAAGCCGAAUUCAUCUUCGCCUCCAUCAAAAUCAUCACCAUCAUCGGUCUCUUGAUUCUCGCUCUCAUUAUUGAUUGCGGCGGGGUCUCGGGACAACACCGCCUGGGGUUCCAAUACUGGAACAACCCCGGUGCCAUGAAGGAGUAUAUCGGUUCGGGUAGUACGGGUCGAUUCCUUGGUCUCUGGUCCACGCUCGUCAACGCCGCUUUCUCCUACGGUGGUGUCGAAAUGGUGGCCGUGGCCGCUGGUGAGGCGGAGGAUCCGCGCCGCAACAUUCCCAAGGCUGUCCGACGUGUCUUCUGGCGUAUCCUCUUCUUCUACGUCUUGGGCUCUUUGGCCAUCGGAGUCUUGGUGCCGUACAAUGACCCCAACCUCCUCAGCGCCCAGGCAAGCGGUGCGGCGGGUGCCGCAGCAUCUCCAUGGGUCAUUGCCAUCAGUCGUGCCGGGAUCGAUGUUCUCCCGUCCAUUAUCAACGCCGUCAUCUUGACCUCCGCCUCCUCUUCCGCUAAUGCCUUCCUGUACACCGGCUCUCGGUAUCUGUACGCCAUUGCUCAGAACCGACAAGCCCCCAGGUUUUUGCUGAGGUGCACUAAGGCGGGCGUUCCCGUUUGGUGUGUCCUGAUCACCUGCUCCAUCUCUCUCUUGACCUACAUGUCCUGUUCUUCGGGUUCCAACCAGGUCUUCACAUGGUUUCAAAACCUAACCACGAUUAGUACGCUCUUCACGUGGGUCAGCAUUAACAUCGCCUAUAUCCGCUUCUACUAUGCUUGCAAAGCUCAAGGGAUCGACCGGAACACCCUGCCUUUCAAGUCUCCCUUCCAACCGUACUUGGGCUACGUUGCCGCAAUCUUCUUCAGUUUGAUCAUCUUCUUCAACGGAUUCGACUCCAUUGCCGGAGGCUUCGAUUAUGAGGCCUUCAUCACCGACUAUAUCGGAAUUCCCAUCUAUUUUGGCCUGUACCUUUUCUGGAGAAUCUUCAAGCGAACCCAUUUCCACAGUUCAAGCGACGCCGAUCUGUACACUGGGAAGGCGGCCUUGGAUGCGGUUGUGUGGCCUGAGCGUCAUCCCAGGAACAUGCUGGAGAGAAUUUGGUUCUGGAUUGCAUAA